AUGCCCCCAAAGGCCAGUGCAACUCGCAAGCACACGAAGAUCACGAAAAAGCGUCCCUUGCGCAAGAAUGCGAAGGCAAUAAAAAAACCAGGGAAAAAUUCGGGUUUAAACCCGUCUUUGAAUUCAGAUGCAAGCCAGAUCGGUGUCCGUGUCGAACAACCUCAAGGUCCGGCAUCAUACCAGCAACUAAUUUCGUUAAUCGAAUCCAAAGGCAUGGACGAGGAUGAGGACGACGAGGACGAGGAUGAUGAGAUGGAGGAGGAAGAUGAUAUGGAGGAAGUCGAUAUGGAGGAAGCCGAUGAACAUCUCGCACAACCAGGUCCAUCACACGACUACUACUCAUCGUCCAUGCAGCCAGCUCCACCGCCGGACUCCCGGCAGCUCCCUCGACAACAUCUUGGGCAACCAGGCCCGUCGCACAACUACCACCCACCGUUCAUGCAGCCAGCUCCACCGCCGGACUCCCGGCAGCUCCCUCGACAACAUCUUGGGCAACCAGGCCCAUCGCACGACUACCACCCACCGUUCAUGCAGCCAGCUCCACCGCCGGACUCCUGGCAGCUCCCUCAGCAACAUCUUGGGCAACCAGGCCCGUCGCACGACUACCGCCCACCAUUCAUGCAGCCAGCUCCACCGCCGGACCCCCGGCAGAUCCCUCGACAACAUCUUGGGCAACCAGGCCCAUCGCACGACUACCGCCCACCGUUCAUGCAGCCAGCUCCACCUCCGGACCCCCGGCAGAUCCCUCGGCAACAUCUUGGGCGACCAGGCCCAUCGCACGACUACCGCCCACCAUUCAUGCAGCCAGCUCCACCUCCGGACCCCCGGCAGCUCCCUCGGCAACAUCUUGGGCAACCAGGCCCGUCGCACGACUACCGCCCACCGUUCAUGCAGCCAGCUCCACCGCCGGACCCCCGGCAGAUCCCUCGACAACAUCUUGGGCAACCAGGCCUGUCGCACAACUACCGCCCACCGUUCAUGCAGCCAGCUCCACCGCCGGACCCCCGGCAGAUCCCUCGACAACAUCUUGGGCAACCAGGCCCGUCGCACAACUACCGCCCACCGUUCAUGCAGCCAGCUCCACCGCCAGACUCCCAGCAGCUCCAACAGCAACCAGCCCCUCAUGCUCACACUUACGGGCUCCCACAGAUGCCAUUUGCACCACCGGAACUCGUGUCUCGUGAGGCACAUCAAUUUGAUGUGCCCACACCGACAACCUUCAGGAAUAUCGGACACAUGCAAGAGCCACAGAGGGAGGAAGAACGGACACGUUAUCUGGGACGCUUACCCAUCGACCUGCCCGGAAUUCGGAAGGUAUUCGUAUACGAUCCUCGCCGCCCACCCGAAGGCCACCGGGGACAACUGUUCCCAACCGGAGUUAUCAGAGCUACAGGAGACAUCACUGUUACUGCACCACUCCCGUCUCGCAGAGAGCUGCCUCCGGUGUCUACUCCUCCCUCGCCUAUCACUAAUUUGCCUGUGGCUGGCUCCGGGCCUGUGGCCAACAGUCCUGCACGCUCCCAUCCCUAUGCUCCCCAACGUCCGACUAAUGAGCAGUUCAAGAAAUUGAUGGAAGCCGCGAAGUCUAAUAUGCGCCGCAAGGUGUUACUAGAGAACGCUAUGCCCGAAAUGGGCGUCAACACGGCGAUGGCGGAGGCAGCGCUGUCGGCAGCUCGCCAGGACUUCAUGCCUGACGCGGAGGUUCCCAACUACGAAACCUGUCUUAAGAGCCUCCGAACCCUCACAACGACCAUACGAACGGCCUUCAAAACGAGGGCGCGCCGCGAAGUCCCAGUCCAUUAUGAUCUUAACUGUCCGUUGGACGCAAAUGCGGAGAUCGCGCACAGGAAACAACGCGUACCGAUACUCGUUGAGAAUCACGCGUACUUGUUUUUGCACGAAACGAAUGAUCCGGACUCGCUGGCCCCAGUCAAUCAUCCUGGCGUACACGCCGUCAUCGUUGCAGCUGUGUGGGAAACCGGCUUCCACACAGAGCUUGACAUAGACGACGUGGACGCUCUCGACAAUCUGAUUUCACUUGGCGGCGCUGCAACACAUUCAGUCCUCAUGGAGCAUCUCAACGGGAGAUGUCAGACGGUGGAGUUUUCAGCAUCUUCGUCAUCUGGAGCAGAGUAUCGUUUCAUUCAACAACACAAUCUCACCAUUCGUAACGUUCCUGCAGUAUAUCACGCUUCCAUUUCUUUAAAGAAAGAUUUAGUUGAACGAGGUAUAUCUACUAUCAGUACGGCUAGUAUGUCUGAUGAUCUGUAG